AUGGGAGUUCCUCUACAUCUCCUCUCAGUUAUCAUGAACUUCUUCGAAGAAGAAGCGUCAGAACAUGGAUACGCGCAAUGGAAUGGCAAAGUCAGCGAAGACGCUUAUAGGAAAGAUAUAGAAAAAUCGAAGCGCACACACAAUUAUACACAAUUAUCCAUUGUCAAAACGUUGUCUUUCCCAUUUUCCUCUAAAUGGCGCCGAAUAAUGGACCACUUUCGAAGUUCUGGCGACGGAUGCUGCGUAUUUCCCGGAUAG